UUACUGGUCAUUAUUAUUUACGCCCUCCUGAUUUGUAGUCUGUUUUUAGAUCGCUCCUUCGAAAGUUAAAAGUCUUUCAGACGAUAAUUUAAAAUACCAAUCGCAUGAAAGUAGCCGCAUUUUUUGAAUUUUUAGCACAAAAUACGGACGUACUUCAUAUCGUUUAGUUGGAAAUGUACGUCACCAAAGAUUUGAAAUUUCACUAUUCAUGAGACCGUGUUAGAAGCAAAAUCAAAGUUCAAUUUUUGUUGCUUUUUGUAUAGCGCUUCAAAUAAUUAGGUUAUAAUGGGAAUUGUGAAGUUUCUCACUGUUCGAGCCGUAGAAGGAGUUGUCGCAGUUUUAUUAAUUACAUUUAUGCCCAAUCUUCCACCUGAUGCAAAAUAUUCUCUAAAUUACAAUUUAACACCUGUAAUGCCCUUUGAAGGUGCUUUAACGCUAAAUGACAAGUUGCAAAGCACCGAGGUAUGGCAUAAAGGUGAUUUUAAUGGGCCCGAAGCGUACGGUGUGUACAACGGGGAACUUUAUACAUCUAUCCACGGUGGGAAUGUGAUUAAAUUAAUUGGAGAGAGUUUCGUGCCUGUUGUAAAGUUCGGUAAACAGUGUAAAGGGUUUUACCAAGAGCACAUAUGCGGACGGCCUUUAGGAUUUCAGUUUGACAAACAUGGGGGACUUUAUGUCGCUGAUGCGUACUACGGAAUAUAUAAAGUCGACAUGAAGACAGGUAAACAGUUGCAACUAAUUUCUAUGGACCAAGAAAUAAAUGGCAAGAAACCGAAAAUGCCAAAUAGUGUAGCUAUUGCAAGUAAUGGAGACAUAUAUUGGACAGAUUCCAGUACCGAGUUCUUUUUAUAUGAUGGAGUUUAUGACAUGUUAGCUGAUGGCUCUGGCAGAUUAAUUCAUUACGAUGGCAAAACUAAGCAAAAUACUGUCCUAAUUGACAAAUUACAUUUUGCAAAUGGUAUAAGACUCGCUGUGGAUGAAAGUUUUGUGAUUACAACUGAAACUGCAAGAUGUCGGGUGUAUCGCUAUCAUUUAAAGGGUCCCAAGAAGGGGACGUACGAUAUAUUUCUAGAUGGUCUCCCAGGUUUACCUGACAAUAUACAAACCGAUGGAAAAGACGGUUUCUUAAUACCUUUGGUUGUUGGGAGAGAUGACGACUAUCCACCCCCAUUAAAUAUUUUGGGUCCGUUUCCGUUACUAAGAAAGUUCCUUUCUAGAUUAUUGGGAUUAACUGAAUUAGCUUUUCAACUGAUGGACAAGGUAUAUCCCAGUGAGUGGGCAGAAAAAGCGGUACAUUAUAUUGGGCAUUUUGCUUCAAUACCUCAUUCAUUUUCUAGUCCUCGUCAGACUAUCUUGCAUAUUUCAAAAGACGGUGUAAUUUUAGACAGUAUACAUUCUCUGAAUGGCAGCAUUGUCGGUAUGAGUGAAGCCUUCAUAUUUAAAGAUAUGCUGUAUAUGGGUUCACCGUUUAACGAUUAUAUUGGCCGGAUCUCAUUGGAAAAGGUUGGCUGGGGACAUUUAGCAUUAAAAGAUAGUUAUUACCCAUCUUCCACGGCUGAGACGCCCACUUUAAAAGUAGCAUCUGAAACUGCUUCGGCACAGCCUACUCCAAAAGCUGCCGCAUCGCAACCUACAACAGCUCCACCUCAAAAAGCAACUUCAACACAAUCCUCGCCUACUACGCAACGACCACCGAAGGUAGUUACUCAAGCUCCUGAAGUAACAACCCAGUCACCAGAUACAAAACCGUCUCCCAUACAUACUACACAAGCACCACCUACUACACGGCCACCCCCACCUCCUAGCAAACAAAGUUCACCACCACCUCCCCCUGUACAACAAACGCCACCCCCUCCCAAACAAACUCCACCGCCACCUCCUUCUGGAAAGCAAACACCGCCACCACCCCCUCCUCCUAAACAAGUGCCCCCACCUCCUCCGCCUACCAAGCAGAGCCCGCCGCCACCAACUUCCACUACACAGGCACCACCUCCUAGCACACAAACAUCACCACCUUCCCCCAAACAGACACCCCCACGCCCUGCCAAACAAGUACCCCCACCAUCUCCAUCUACUAAGCAGACCCCGUCGCCUCCAUCUACUAAGCAGACACCGCCACCUCCACCUCCUAAACAGACACCGCCGCCUCCAUCUCCUACUAAACAAGCACCACCGCCUCCCACGACACAGGCUCCACCAACCCCAGCUUCGACCACACCCCCACCUCCUAACACAAAACCGCUUCCGCCUGCAACCCAGUUCCCCAAAGUGGCCAGUCCAGCUCCAUCGGCGACGUCACAGCAAUUACCGUCUCACUCAAAAGAACUUCCACCACAGCCUCCUAAAGUAGCUCCCACUGCUGAAAUUCCCAAAGAAACGCCUCAACAACCAUCGCCAUCUCUCAAGGCAGCACCUCCGAAGGAACAACCUUCGAAGGUAAGUUCUUCCGCGCAGCCAUCGAAGCCGUCUCCUUCGUCGCGAACACAAGGUCAACCCACACCAAAACAGGCAUCCUCCAAAACGAUACAUGAGCAGUCGGCUGAAGGGAAAAAUGAAUUGUAGAACUGUUGGUAGCUAAGGGUGGAAUGUUUAAGAAUAUUGAAUAAGAACAAUGUACGGAGGGGAACCUGUUAUACUAUUAGUGUUUUGUUUCCAUUUCGCAUUAUUUUGUUAUAAGUUAAGGCAUGUGACAAUUAUUUUACUAUUAGGUGUAGGCAUAUCACGACCAAAAACGAAUUGCAAAAUAUACUACUGUAACGAAAUGGAAAAUGUUGUUAAUGCGGUUGGACUAUUUUGAAUGAAUACUCUUACUGAUCUGUUUUUGUUAGAUUUUUGCUGUGAUGUAAAACAUUUAGGUAGGUACCUCUUUAUUUCAAUAUUUAUUAGCGCUAAUAGGGCAAACAUUUUGUAAAAUUUUUACUAAUGCAACUGUUCAAAUGAGAAAUUAAUCAUUAGGUAGGUACAUACAUCAUAUGCACUUGUUCUUGUUAUUUAUAUACACAGUAAAUUUAUAAGCUCUAUUUAGUAUAAUCGAUGUAGAGUAAGGAAUGUAAAGCUCUGUGAGCAAACUUGUACAUUGUAUCCUUUCACUUCCAAUACUUAUGCGAAAGUAUUUGAAACUUCCGCAUUAAGCUCUCUUUUGCCAUUGCAAUUAACACUAUAACUCAUUGCCUAUAUAACAUCAAACCGUUUUAUGUGUUCUUAAUCAUUCCAUAAUGCACAUUCCACAAAAGUCAAAAUAAGUAAGACAAAAAUUUUGCUGGCUAUGAAUAUUACAGUGUAAAUAUUAAAUACAUUCCAAGUGA